CUCCGAGAUCACCUCCGUCGCGUCCACCACGAACAGCAUCGCCCGACGCGUAGUAGGAAACGAAAAGCCGCAGCCCAGGGACCUGACCCAGCCUUAGGUACAUCGUCAGAAUCGAGCUGGGAUGAAUGGGAAAGGCACCGCGAAUCUCUGCGGCGGACAAUCGCGAGCCUCAACCCACCUGGCGAUGUGGAGAACCAGCGCCUUCUCGACGAAAGUCAGGGUCAUCUUCGUGCCAUGCGCGCGGUCUAUCUUGACGCAAGUCAAGGGGAAGCAGAAAGACGAGGAUUGGGGCCUGAUAUUGGUGUCGAAUGACGCCAUUUGCGCAAGGACGUCAUUGCAGUCCAGUAAAUCAUCGCUUCCUGGGAGAAUGCAAAUUAGUCCUUGUAGGGUGAACCUACGCGUAGUAUAUACAGGCUCUGGCUUUUUGUUUCUGGCAGGUGAGCGGCAUGACGCUUUCCCCGUGCGGCUUCUGGCUACCAAGGACAUCAUCAUCCCGAUCCCUGCACUACCGCGGUUUCCUGCCGCCAACCACGAUUUCUCACUUCGAUGUUUGCCGACAUCCCACGGAGCGGCUAUCUUGGUAGCCCUCCUGGGCCCAUCAGACGGUACCGGUGAGAGGCGCUCACUUCGUGUAGGUGAGGAGUAUCAAGUCAAGCUCUCCUCGGCCUGACCAGGACCUAGGUUCGUAUCAUUGUAUAGUACUCGUCUCGCCCGUGGAUGGCGACCAUGGUACCAGUCUCCCAUCCGCAGGAUC